GCCGAGGUUUGCGCAGGCCCCGUGGGCGGGAGCGCGCGACCGGCGGGGGCGCGGGCGCGGGCGCGUGGCAGCCGGGCUCGGCUGAGUCAGGACGGUCACAGGCGGCCGCGGGGAGCGUGGCCGACGGGCCGGAGCGGCUGCUGCGUAGCGGGAAGGAGCAACGGCCGGGCGGGUUCCUAGUGUCGGGUAGAGGCUUAACCCGCUCCCCACGCAGGCCGCCCCCGCCGGCGUAGUCCCCCCCCCUCCUCAGAGAGACCCCGCCUCACCUCUCCCGCGAGAGACUCCCCGCAGCGCCCGGCUCCCAGCAUGGCUCUGCUCCAGCGCCUGGCCCGGCUCGCUGCCUACCUGCAGGACCCGCAGAAAGUGGCCGACUUCCAGCGGCUCUGCGGGGUGGAGGGGCCUCCGGGCUGGGCCGCCUCCCCGCCCCUCGCUGAGGAGAGCGGGGAGCCGGGGCCGUUAGCUAACGGCAGCUGCCCCGCCGUGAACGGCGGCGGAGAAGGCGAUGGGUGGCCCCGGCUCAGAGCCGCCGCUGGCGGGGAGAAGCGGCACCCGAAGGGGCUGGGGAACGGGGCGAUCCCCGGGGGAGCCGGCGGGGAGGGACCCCCGCAGCAGCAGGAAGGGAAGGAGCCCCAGCAGAUCUGGGGGAGGAGGCAGCCGCGCCGCAACUCCCUGACCGGGGAAGCCGCCUGCCAGGAGAUCGCCAUCCGCAACCCCUUCCUCUAUUACCUGUUCAACCUGGGCACGGAGCUGGGCAACGAGCUCUUCUACAUCCUCUUCUUCCCCUUCUGCAUCUGGAACCUGGACGCCUGGGUGGGCAGGAGGCUCAUCAUCGUCUGGGUCUGGGUUAUGUACCUGGGCCAGUGCACCAAGGAUGUGAUCCGCUGGCCACGGCCUGCCUCCCCUCCCGUGGUGAAGCUGGAGGUCUUCUACAACUCCGAGUACAGCAUGCCCUCCACCCACGCCAUGUCGGGCACUGCCAUCCCUCUGGCGCUCGUCCUGCUCAGCUACGGCAGGUGGCAGUAUCCCCUUAUGUAUGGUCUGAUUCUUGUGAUCGGUUGGUGUUCUCUGGUUUGUUUUAGUCGAAUUUACAUGGGAAUGCACUCAAUUUUGGAUGUUAUUGCUGGAUUUCUGUAUGCUAUUCUCAUCUUGGUUGUCUUCCAUCCAGCUGUGGACCUGAUUGAUAACUUCAAUUUAACUUUCAAGCAUGCACCGCUAAUUAUCAUCAGUCUUCAUUUAGCCUUGGGGGUUUUCUCUUUCACUCUUGACACCUGGAGCACCUCACGAGGAGAUACAGCUCAGAUUCUGGGUUGUGGUGCUGGAGUUGCUUGUGGAUCUCAUUUUAAUUACAUGUUGGGUCUAAUGCAAGAUCCUUCCCCAGAUACAUUACCUUUAAUUCCUCCCUCCAUCACUGUUACUUUAUUUGGAAAAGCCAUAUUGCGGUUAUUGAUUGGAGUAGUACUACUGUUGUUAACAAGAAUAGUGAUGAAGAAAAUCACCAUCCCACUGGCCUGUAAAAUGUUCUCUAUACCGUGUGAUGAUAUACGACAAGCAAGGCAGCGCAUGGAGGUUGAACUUCCCUAUCGCUAUAUUACAUAUGGAAUGGUUGGGUUUUCUCUCAUGUUUUUGGUUCCUUGCCUGUUUCUUUUUAUUGGUCUUUCUUGAGGUAGACUUAUUAACUUGACAAGGGAAGAAGGGAGGUAGUUGCCUAAUGUAAGAAAAGUUGCACUGGUUUGCUAUUGGCAGACUUGUGAGCUAUGCUUUAGCAGGGACUUUAACAGCAAUACAUGACAGGCACUGCAUUUAAAGGAAAUUGCACAUCUUGGGUAUAGUGUCGGGCCAAAAGCCAAGAAUUACUCUCCUGAGAAGUGCUAUACUCUAUAAAUGCCAUGUCUAUUCUUAUUGCUGUAAAGAUCUGUGUGUAUACAUUCAGUACAUAUGAGUGUGUAUACAUGUGUGUAGUGAAACAUAUAUCACACUGUACCUGUAUACUUUGGCAUAUUGACAAAGGUGUCUGACAACUGAUCAGAAACUUCCAUUUGUGUUCAGUUUAAGUCAUUUCAUAAUAACUUACGAGUUAUUGAACAACAAACAGCUAUAAUGGAAUAGUUUACGUGUUUUCCUCCAUUCUUCCCCAACUUCAGUUGUUUAUAUAGAUGGCAUUUCUAAUGGACCAAACUUGCAGUGAAAUCAGUCGUAAAAACUGAAAUUAUUUUCUUCAAUCCCUUCCACAAAAUAAAAUGUCUAGGCUGACAUUGGUUUUAGGUAUAAAUAAAACUGUUAGAUUCAGGUACUGUAUUUUAUGGCUUAAUAAUUGUGCCUUUCUGUUGCUAAAUUAAAAAAUGCCAUAUACUGUGAUGUAAAAAUGACAGCUAAUUUUAUUUUAAGUCAUACAUAAUUAGGCAGAUAUUUUUAAAUGUAGCUGUCCACAUAUUAGAAUGGUUAAUUUUAACUAUACUGAUCACAAUUUAGCCUAUAUUUAAAAUUAUAUAGAUGGAAUGAGCUGAACAGUGAAUCGCUAAGCUCAACAGGUUGUGAAUGGACAAUAAUUCCCUUUUGUAGGUAUUUUUUAUGUGCAUUGUCAGUUACCGGUAGAGGAUAUAUUUUUCUGCAAAUGGUCUUAACAGUUUAUAUACUGGAUAAGUGUGUCCAAUAGUAAGAAAUAAAUUAUAAACAAUAACAAUGUACACCCUAGAUAUAUAUGGCCUCGUUUGUUUUGUUCUUCCAAACUGAUUUUAAAAGGGCCACUAUUUUUAGGGGUGUACUUAAAAGAUCCUCAUAUCUUGGCUUUAGAAAAAAUAUAUAAAUUUUUAUGCACAAAUUUCAUAUAUUGUAGUUCAAGAUGUCUUAUCAUUUUUACCCAUAUCUAGACAAAAUAUAUAAAGGUCAAAGCAAAUUUCAUUGUGAUCAUUCUGUAAUAAAUUAAACUAAGUGUUUGAAGCAAAGACAACAGCAUUGUGAAUGCAUAAACUAUUUGUGCAUAACGGGGUUGUUUUGAAUGGCUUUUAACAGUAAUGCACUUUUCAGCUUUAUAGCGCCCUCUUUUCUGCUGAUAAGUAAGAUGCAAUCCUUGGAAUAUCUAAUUUUACAUGAACCUGUGAUUUGAAUUUCAUUUUGUCCAUUUGAUUGUUUAGGUUUGCAUGUUGCCUAAGCGAUAUGUCAGGAGUUGUUAUUGCAAUGUUGCAGUAUUCUGACAAGACAACUUGUGUUGUGUAUCCAUAUUAUGUGUUCAGGAAGAAACUUAAAUUGAUUAAAAGCUUUCUGUUCUAGCUUAGCUAUUCGCUUUAACAUAUAGUUUUGUAGAAAACUUGGAAUUGGAACUUUUUGAUUUGGAGAUAUGAACUCCACACUCUAUUAAUAAUAUGUAUGUUAACAAAACUUAGUAAAGGCACUGACUGACUUCCAAUCUCUUUCUUAUUAGACCAGUCAAGUAGAUCAAAUUAUGGUACGCUGACAACUGAAGUUGUGAAAAUUGAACUUUUCAGAUGUGCAUUUAGAAUGCACUGUUGGUUAUGAAUGUAUUCCACCGAUUUCAGUGUGUUAAAGCACCAACUUUUUUUUAACAGUUGAGGUUUUCAGCUUGCAAAAAAACUUGGUUAGCUUGUUCCUGUACUUAUUUGUCUAUUUAUGAUUUUCUGUCUAUUCCUUUAUUACAGUAUUGUGGUUAAUGUGCAGUAGAAGUUAAAUCCCAUUUCCAAGAUGUUGAGAGAGGGGAUUUUGUACUGGUAUGGUUCUGGAUUUAUGCUUGGAUGUUCUGAGCAAGUAACUCGGGAGAAUAUAUAAAAAGGCAUUCUCCUUAAAGCCCUUCACAGAUAAUUUGUAGCUAAUGUAAUAUUAAAUUGGCCCUGCCAGAAGUAGAAAUAAUAUUUGUAGAAUGGUUCUUUUCUUUAAAUAGCCUGGCUUUACUUUUCUAGUGAAGAAUGUUUAAAUAGUAGUACAAAGGGGCAGUUACACAAGAACUAAUUGUUUCAAGUAAAAAAUUGCACUCGUGGUUUAUAGGAACUUGAAAUUGAAAGCAUGAGAUUGUUUUUAAGGCUGAGCUUAUAGUUGUACUGCACUGUUACACCAUGAAUGCAAAAGAAAUCUCUGUUGCUGAGAGAGCUCAUUGUGUAGUAGAUAUAAAAUCACAUGCAGUCAUGGUUUCCAGAAGACUAGGAAAAAUUGCAUUGUAGCUUGUUCUACUGUUACUCUAUAUAUUUUGUUAUUUUGUACAUUGCAUUUGCUAGUUUUAAAAUGUCAUUUCUCAUGCACAGAGUAGUUCAUUCUACAGGAAAAAUGUACAUCCAAAUGUCAAUUUAUAUAGCACUUUUACAAUCCUGUCCUUGGAUCAUUGCUGCUUCCUCAAGUUGACAUGAAAAUAGAAUAUUAAAAUCUUUGUUUCAUGUUUUAUAAGGGGGUUGGAUUAUGUGAGUAGUGUAACAGAAGCUGCCAUGCAAUACAGAAAGCAGUAUGGGGCAGGGAAAAGAGGUAGAAAUGCAAACAUUUAACAGAGUUGAACUUUAAAGAAAGUUCAUACGAACAUUUGAUUGAAAGUCUAAUUUUGUUAUGUGGUUAUAUUUUUCUAAAAUGAUUCUUCCAAAUAUGUAAUUAACACUUGGCAAUUGAUAUAACUUGAACAUUUUCAUUGGCCUAAACAGAUAUUCUAUCCCUUUAUCAUUGGAGUUGAGCAUGAAAAACAAAGAUUUAUAGUUGAAACAUCAGCUUGUACCAAAAUUUAAAAAAUUAUAUAUGCUUUAAAAUGAUGGUGGGUAGCAGUCUUUUCAGAGUGGGAAUACACUUGAAAGAAUUUGAGAACUUUCAUGAGGUAGUGUGAGAAUUUAAUUAUUCAAAUAUAACUGUGCUAGAGAACUUUCUCAAUUCUAGAUACUAUUUCAACUUUUAGGAAUAUGCUGUUUCUUUAAAGAAGCAGGUCUACAUCCUUUACUAAAAGAUAUUAGAAUACUACAUUUGAGUUGGGUUUUUUUUGGUUACUAUAUGCAAUUUAAAUACAACUUGAAAAUAAUGUUAAUAUAGGGCCUAAUUUAGGAAAGAAUUUUGCACAAGGCCAAAGAGGCUCUAAAAUAUUGACUUGUAUGUCUGCCUUAAGUAUGGAAGCAAGAUGAAUUUUUUUCUGACCUGGCACUUAAAUAAGACUAAUAUAUGUAUUACACUGUCUUUAAAAAAGGAACCCAAUCUAUUACUUUUUCAUGUUUACAAUAUAACUGCCACUUUUGCUUGCUAAACUUACGUUGAUGUUGAGCUGGUUUGUUUUAUGCAGUCAUGUACAAGGCUCUUAAGUGUUUGAUCACAUUUGUCUUAUUACUUAAUUUGCUAAUAUUUUUUUUAAAAGAAGUAUUUUAAAGGUAAAUUGGCAAACCAAAAAUAACUUUUGCUUUGUUUUAAGUUUACUUGGACUUUUCCUUUUAGGUACAGCUUUUUCUGAAAGCUAUAAAGAUGUAUUUUAAAAAUCACAUCUCUAAAUAUAUUUUUUUUUUAAAACCACAACAGUGUUAAUUGUCCAGAUUUUAAAAGUUCAUUUUUUUUUCUUUUUUGCUUUUAUAUUUUAAAUUUGCUUCUGUGUUUUUGUUACUUAUUUCCUGGUUUUGUGUCCCAGAGAGGGUCCUACACUAUUUGUAAGCAAAUGCAAACAUUCUAUUACCUAUGUAAAAAUUUUGUCAUUUUGAACUUGUAAAUAUUUAAGGGCUGUCUGUGGCUCAAGUUCAUGAGAACAAGUCAUGCAUGCUGUAAGUAAAUUCAUCAGUUGUGCUAAAAGUGGUUUUAUCUCAGUAUUUGCUUUCUAAAUACGAAAGACAGGCAAUAUUUUUAAUGCAAAUAUUUUAAAGUGUUAGUAAUCAACACAUGGGAGGACAUAGAUGCCCAGCUCCCAUUAACUUUGUUGGGAGUUUUAAAUCCAAGCCCCUGCGUCCUGAGCGGAAAAUUUACCUUUAAACGCUUGACCCUGCUGUAGUAUGCAGACGUGCAUCACGGUGCAUGUGGAGUAGCUAACCUUAUAAGAUACAAAUAUAUAACAUACUCAUUUUUGAGAACUGGGUGAUUACUCUUUAUAGAAUAAAUAUAGGACUCAGUCCAAUUUCACAGCUGUCUUUUUUUUUUUUUUUUUUUUCAUUUUGUUUUCUUUACCUGGUAUUAGUACUACAUUUGCAAAAGUGCAUUAAAGCAUUCCCCUUUGUAUUAUAAUUAUGAUGAUGAGGGACAAGAUCCCAGAGUAAUGCAUAAAGCAGGAGAGUUAAUAUACUGGGAAACUUCAACAUGUCAAGGUAUAUGCACUCUAUUCAGUUCUUUUAAUGGCAGAGUGUUUUGCCUUGUGAGCUUCGCUGAAAUAUUUUAGAAGUGACUUUGAAACAAUUGAAAGAAAAUUGGUCUUUCUUACGGCCUUGCAUUCCUGUCAAGAAGGCUCCUUGAAUGAUUUGCAUCACUACUUUAUUCAGAAACAGCUGACAAAAGCUUAAUUGGUCACUGCAUUUUUGGCAUAAAUAGCUGAUCUUGUUCAGAAUUUACUCUGGAUGUAUUUAUCAUUAUAUAAUUUCAGAUAAUUUGCAUUGGUUACCUUUAUACAGUACUUCCUUCUGAAUCAAAAGGAGGAAAAACAUCUGAUUUUAUUUUCCAAGUUGAGAUUAGGCAAAGUAGAACUUAGUACUGGUGAAUUAUUGUCUUUAAAUUGCAAAUAUGACAUGCUAGAGCCAAUUCCAAAUUGGAAACUAUUUUGGAAAUUUGCAGCUACUGACCAAUGAAGACUGUUUUAUAAAACAAUCAUUCAGUAAUAGUGAUUACAAAAUAUAAAUUUGGCUCUUUCAGUAGCCAUUGUAAAAUUUCAUAGGCGUACUGGUCAGCCACCAGUAACACGGAAGAAUUUAAAACACACACAUUGGCAUUUGAAAACUUUUCUUUGGUACAUUCAGUUUUGAUCUGGAAAUAAACUAGAUGUGGGUGGGAGAACUCACCAAAACAAAUUGAUAGCAAAUUUGUGUUUUACAAUAUAUAGGCAGCCUAAUUAAUAGUUAUUUCUUGGAAGGUCCAUGAAGAACAGAACAUAUUUAAAAUUUAAGUAGGAAAAUUUACUUUAAAGCUAUUUUUUUUUCAUUGCAAAUAAGGGCUUUAUUAAGUUAGAGGGUUUUAGUAGUACUUGAUUUUUCUGUUGUUUAAUUUUAUAGUUACUUUUCUUUUGGUUUUGAAAGUCUAAUGAAUGUCAAGGUUAGUAUUACUGAAAUAGAUGCCAGGUUUCAUUACUUCAUUCAAAUCGCCCCAAAACAGCUUAACUGAAAUUAGGUAACUUUGAAAAACAAAGAAGCCAAAAACAAAACAAAA